UUGCUACUUUUAGGUCAGCGUCCUCAUCUUCUCAGGUAUCUUUUCUAUAUAUGCAGAUCAGGCAACGUUGGGCUUAGAAGCUUUGUCUUGGCUUUUAGAAGAAGAAAAGGAGGAGGGUAAAGGAGAGAGGGAGAAGCCCAUUUUGUGUAGAGCCCUCAAAGAAAUUAAGAAGACUGGUAGGAGAAGCAGGUGACAUGGGAAGACCACCUUGCUGUGAUAAAAUCGGUGUGAAGAAAGGACCAUGGACACCUGAAGAAGAUAUCAUACUAGUCUCUUAUAUCCAGGAACAUGGUCCGGGGAAUUGGAGGGCUGUUCCUACUAAUACAGGAUUGCUUAGAUGCAGUAAGAGUUGCAGGCUUAGAUGGACUAACUACCUCCGGCCUGGAAUCAAAAGAGGUAACUUUACCGACCAUGAGGAGAGGAUGAUCAUUCACCUUCAAGCUCUUUUGGGCAACAGAUGGGCUGCCAUAGCUUCUUAUCUUCCUCAGAGAACAGACAAUGACAUCAAGAACUAUUGGAAUACCCAUUUGAAGAAAAAGCUGAAAAAGCUUCAAACAGGCUCAUCCUCAGAUGGUCACUCUAGAGAUGUGUCCCUAGCAUCACAGUCAAUCUCAAGAGGCCAGUGGGAGAGAAGGCUUCAAACUGAUAUCCACAUGGCUAAGCAAGCUCUUCAUGAGGCCUUGUCUCUGGAGAAGCCACACAGUUCCUCUGAUCAAUUGAACCCCACUAAUGGCUAUCAGACUUGCACAAGACCUGGUCAAGCAUCUUCCUAUGCAUCCAGUACUGAGAACAUUGCUCGGUUGCUAGAAGGGUGGAUGAGAAAUUCGCCCAAGCAAGCUAGAGCAAGCUCAGCUACCACUCAAAAUUCAUUCAUCAACACUGCUGGGACCGAUUCCACCUCUAGUGAAGGGACCCCAAGUGCAGCAAACAACGAAGACAUUGAAUUAACUGAAGCAUAUGAAAUGCUCUUUGGAUUCGACUCCUUGGACUCUUCCAAUUCUGAAAUUUCCCAAUCUAAAUCCCCUGAGGCAAGCUUUUUCCAGGAAGAAAGCAAGCCGGAUCUCAGCGACCAAGUGCCAUUGUCAUUCCUUGAGAAGUGGCUAUUUGAAGAAGGCGGUGCUCAAGGAAAAGAAGACCUUACUGAUAUCUCAUUAGAUGAAAGUCCUGAUUUUUUUUGAAGGGGGUUCUUCUUUUGGGGUUCUUGAUCACCAGAAUCCUUAUGUCUCUUCUAUGUUCUAGGCCUAUAACUCACUCUGGCCUGCACGGGAAGAGAUCAGUACUAUCAGUACUAGUCCUUUAGUGCUAGAACAGAAGUGUAUAUCUCACAUUUUUGUGUUAUAUGAAUUGACUAAGAAUAAAUUCAUUUUGCUUUGAUUUGCUGGUUAGAUCAAAUGAUCAAUAUCUGUAAGUUCUGUUUUCUUGAGUAUGAUUUCAUGCUCCGAACUCGAGCUUUUCAAAUUUUAUAUGUAAGACCAUGUGAUUUCUAUUGGUUGCCAUUGCUUAUUUCUAUGUA